ACACACACACACAUUAAUUGACUAAGUAAUUAAUUUGUUUUUGUUUUUCCACAGAUAAAAUCUCGACGUCACACGUAAUGGAAAUCAACACAUCGUAUGCUGCACCCUUGGUCAAGAAAGAGGUGAGCAGCCCACCACUGGGGUCACCACACCUAGGGUCGCCACACCUGGGGUCACCACACCUGGGAUCCCCACACCUGCCUCCCUGCUCCACGGGGGACCUCGCCUCAGACAUGGCUAAUGAGGCAGUCGUUCCAGACUCGUCGUUCCAACAGCGCAUCCUGCAGCUCAAACAACAGCAGCAGAUUCAGCAGCAGUUGCUGUUACACCAGUACCAGCAGCAGCAGCAGCAGCUGGCUGAGCAACACGAGAAGCAGCUGCAGCAACACAUCAAGCUGCAACAGAGCCUGCUCUACCACCAGUUCCAACACGAGCACCAGCGACUUCUCCAGCAACAGCAAAAUGAACUACACACCCACCUCAAGCAGCAGUACCUGGAACAACAGAAUCAACGAGCAGAGGAGGAGCGGCUGGAGAAGCAGCGCAAGGAGAUAGAGAGACUGGAAGCACUCAAGAAGAAAGACAAGCACGAGCAGUCUGCCGUCGCCUCCUCCGAGGUCAAGCAAAGACUCCAGGAGGUCAUACUACAGAAGAAACAGCGAGAGGCAGCAGCGACGGGGGCGGCAGCGGCGGCGGGAACUGCUGCUGGCACCUCCAACCUGCGUAACUGGACUCCCGGCAACGUACUCGGCAAGUUCGAGGACGACUUCCCACUUCGCAAGACAGCCUCCGAGCCAAACAUUUGCUUGAAGGCUCGACACAAGCAGCGGAUGGGCACGGAGCGUCGUCCUUCACCCCUGGUGCGUCGCAAGGACCGUCUACCUGGCUCCCUCAAGCGUCGCCCUCCUUACAGUACUGUGGAGAGUGGGUCGACUCCAGACAGCGGGCAGAGUUCUCCGCCCAACGGUCUACCAGCGUCCAGAUCCUCGUCAGGCUCUACACCCAUCCAUGAGGAGGGGGGCGGGUCCCCCUACGGUGCCCAUGGUGGUGGAGGCCAGGGAUCUUGCUCAGAUCUUACCGUUUACUCCUCUCUCCCUAACAUCUCCAUGGGCCGCCCUCCACAUUCCACACAACCUGAAGGGAUGAAGCUACCCAUAGUAUCCGAGGCAGACAUGCGUGCUGCCUUCACUGCUCAUGUUGGCAUGCCUCUUACCAGUCAUGUCUUAUCUUCCACGCUACCAUACUACCCCACACUGCCAGUGAUUGAUGGAGAAGGCUAUGGCCCAGCUGCGAGCAGCAUGGGCCGGCAACAGCAGGUCACUGCCAUGGACACCAGUUCUGGCGGUGGCAUCAUGCGGGGUGGCAUUUAUCACCCAAAUGCUGUGCCCAACAUGAAUGACACACAGGUUCGACCCGGCCGACCCCUUCAGAGACCAUUGAGCAGAACACAUUCAUCACCACUUCCCUUAGGUCACCCAGUGCUGCAGGGUCAGCCUCCAACGUUCCUGCCUCAUGGUCAUCCUUCCGCCCACCAGUAUGAUCCCAAGCAUGCUCUGGAUCACCAUCUUCUCAAACAGCACAUUCGGCAGACAGUAUUGACACGUUCAGGAAGCAAGAACCAUGUUGAAAAUGUUGCUGAAGAAACAGAAGCAGCGGUGGCUCAAGCUAUUGCAACUGACAAAACCCCUGAGGAGGAGGAGGAGGAGGCACUGCAUGAAGAAGAACCAGAGGUUAUAGAUCUGACUGAAAGGAAAAUAGAUGAAAGCCUAUUGGGCCAGCAUCGAGACUGCACAUUAUUUCUUCAGAGCCAAAGAGAACUACUCACAGCAAAACCCCCGCCAUUACACUCCACCACCAAUUCAGCCUUCACACCUCGUUCAGGUAGUCACAUAGCUCGGCCUCUUUCUCGAGCUCUCAGUUCUCCACUUGUUACCCUCUCACCACAAGGAUCACCACAGGAACCUAUAAAUAUAAAUAAGCAGGGAGCAACAACGGGUUUUGCCUACGACAAUGUGAUGCUGAAACACCAAUGUAUCUGCGGUGAUAACUCUCACCAUCCUGAACAUGGAGGUCGCCUACAGUCAAUAAUGGCCAGAUUGCAAGAGACAGGGUUAAUUCAUCGCUGCCAUAGACUAAGGACAAGAAAAGCUUCUUUAGAAGAAAUUCAGUCAUGCCACAGUGAGGCACACACACUCUUGUUUGGAACCAACCCAUGGAACCGGCAAAGAUUAGACACGAGUAAAUUUUCUGAAUUGCCCAUCAAAAGUUUUGUACGGCUACAUUGUGGUGGUGUUGGCGUUGACUCAGACACAACGUGGAAUGACAUGCAUACGUCAUCUGCUGCAAGAAUGGCUGCUGGCUGUGUUAUAGAAUUAGCUUACAAAGUUGCUACUGGAGAACUUCGUAAUGGAUUUGCCCUAGUGCGACCACCUGGCCAUCAUGCAGAACACCAACAAGCCAUGGGUUUCUGCUUUUUUAACUCUAUUGCAAUUGCUGCAAGACAACUACAUCAAAAGCUUAAUUUGGAAAAAGUCCUCAUUAUUGACUGGGAUGUUCACCACGGGAAUGGCACCCAAUCAAUGUUUUAUGAUGACCCACACAUUCUGUACAUUUCCAUGCAUCGUUAUGAUGAUGGGAGCUUCUUUCCUGGCACUGGGGCUCCCACUGAGGUUGGUGAGGGCGAUGGGUAUGGCUUUAACGUAAAUAUUGCUUACUCAGGUGGCCUCACUCCUCCAAUGGGUGAUGCAGAAUACAUGGCUGCAUUUAGAACUAUUGUUAUGCCAAUUGCUAAGGACUUUAAUCCAGAUAUAGUAUUAGUAAGUGCAGGCUUUGAUGCAGCUGAUGGUCAUCCCUCUCCCCUGGGUGGAUACAAGGUGUCUGCCAGCUGCUUUGGCAAUAUGACCAAGCAGUUGAUGACUCUUGCUAGGGGCAAGGUUGUAUUAGCUCUUGAAGGAGGCUACAAUUUGGCUAGUAUCUGUGAUGCAACAGAGGCUUGUGUAAGAACACUCACCAGUGAUGAUCCCCCUCCUCUCUCUGAACAUGAAAUGACAAGACCACCUUGUCAAAAUGCUGUUGAAACAUUACAGAAUGUAAUUGCUGUUCAGAGUGGUCACUGGCCAGUGGUGCGACGGCAAAGUGGGAUGAUUGCUUUGUCCAUGGUGGAAGCUCAAGGUCGGGAGGAAGAGCAAGAGACAGUCUCAGCUAUGGCUUCACUCAGGGUUGAUCCUCAGAAUCCCCAGUCUCAGUAUGUAAAUUAUCAUUAUUAUUAUUUUUAUUUAUGGGCAGGUGUUGAACCUCAUACACAUAGGUCAUUCAGCAUUCAGAUUACAAGAGCAGUUAGAUUUGCUCAAAAGAAAGUAGAGGGUAGCUUCAGUUCCCUGGAUCAAGAGCCCUUCACUGAUGUCAAGGCACUUUUAAUCUUGGUCAGUUUAUAA